UUACACCAUCAAAUUGGCGCCACCCGUGGGACCUAUUACAAAAAAAGUCAUGGCAAGCAACCAAGAAACCGUCAUUUCACAAAUCUCUACUCCCGCUGAGAACGUCACUCUGUUCCCGGGAGGGAGUACCCAACCCUCAAGCCAGAUUCCUACCCCCAUUCUCACCAUUCCGCCAUCUACCCUAUUCACUUCCCCUACCACUUCUGUCCCCGCUUUUUCUCAAAAUUUCCCCGGGCCCGUGGAUCCGAUGUAUUCCCAGGCUUUUCAAAAUUUUGGGCAGUUCAUGUCCAUGUUUCAACAACCGGGGGGAUUUUCGCCUUUCGUUCCCGGGUUAUACCCACAAUCUUUGCCCCAAACCAAUAUCAUCCACCCGGUCAUCCCGACAAAUCUAAUCGGGGAAAUGGACAAAGUAGGUCCAUCCCGAUCUAGAAGAAGCCGGUCUCGAAGGUCACAGACCAAAGUGACCUCGGAUGGGGAUGUGCGCUCAGUUCAUAGCAAAGAUGAGGACUGGGACGUCCCCCAGGCGCUCAAGAAAAUGAAGGGAAAGGCGGUCCAGCCUGAAGUAUCUAGGAGGUCAGCAUUUCAAAGGCUGGGGCACGACGGCAGGAACCAAAAUCGAUCGGCCAAAGAGCGAUUGGGAAUGGAAACGACCCCAACAAGUGCCUUUGACCGACUGAGGAAGGGAACCGGGCGACCUGGUUGGACCAGGCGCACUGAACCACCCCCUCGCGAUGAGCCCCAGAACAGUCGGGCGCCCCAUGGAGAAGAAGAAGCGGAAAGCCAUCCCAGGCACACGGUCCGUUCCCACGUUGAACAACCCCGGGACCGUGUAGGCCGGGUUGAAGCACGUUUGGAGAAGCUGCAGCGCCGGGUAGACCGGGAUGAAAAGAAGAAAGUCUUGUUGAACGAAUCUCCGUUCACAGACCGGGUUCAUGAGACCCCAUUCCCAAAGAAGGCAAAGCUUGAGGUCCCAAAAUUCACCGGGAAGGAGGACCCGGAGAUACAUGUCAAAACCCUUCAUCAGAGUGGAAGGAUGAUGGGCCUUUCCGGGGAUGAGAAGUGUUUACUCUUCUUCCAAACCCUCCGCGGCCGCGCCGCUGAGUGGUUUCACAACCUCCCGGCCGGCGAAAUCGAUUCGUUCGAUGAACUGGCCGAGGUGUUCCAGGAAAAGUUUAAGGAAAACUGUACCAAAAGGAAGAAAUUCACCUACUUGAGUACGGCCGGGCAGAGGGAGCACGAGGACCUAACCAGGUUCCUCACCCGGUGGAAGGAUGAGGUGGAUAAGGUGGAAGAAAUGGACGACAAAACCGCCAUGUCCCUCUUGGUGUCCGGGCUCCGGUCCGGAGAAUUGUACAAAGAAUUCUACCGAAGACCCCCCAGUCAUACCAGGAGGCCUACAACACAGCCUGGGAUUACGCUGACGCCGAAGCGCAGGUGUCAUCCAAGAGGGAGUCCGGAAGAACAACCGGCCGACCAGAACAAGAAAAAGAAAGCAGCCGGUAAGGAACAUUUGCAAGUUAUCUAUGGUGGACCAGAGGGGGGAGAUUCUGCAUCGCAAAAGAAGAAAUGGGGGCGAGAGCUCUACAUCAGCACGGUGGCCCUCGAUCCUCGAAGGAAACAGACCAGACGGGAACCGAUCACUUUUACUGAUCGGGACCUUCCCGCCACCGGCGAAGAUCACAAUGAUCCCCUGGUCAUAACCAUGGAUAUGGGUGGAGUCAAUGUCUCCCGGGUACUCGUUGACACGGGCAGUAGUGUCAAUGUUUUGUACUUAGAGGCAUUUGAGAAACUCAAGCUGUGUCGCACACGGCUUGAGCCUUUGAAGACUCCCCUGUCCGGGUUCACUGGGGAUUCUGUUGAAGCUGAGGGGUCAAUCCUCUUAACUUGUGAAUUGGGCACGGGAGACAAUGUCGUCCAAAAACAGAUGAGGUUCGUGGUAGUGAACAUCAAAUGUGUUCACAACGCCAUCCUAGGCCGACCUGGAAUAAACAAAGUCCGUGGGAUCAUGUAAUUGAAGGUAGCUGGCCAGUUGCCAAUUGAGGCAGAAUUCCCAACGUUUAGAGAGACCGUGUAUCAGCCCGGUCAAAACGAGGCCGACCACUUAGCUGAGUUGAAUCUGGUAGAAGAACGAAGGACCAUGGCGGCUGUCAAGAUGGUUGGCUACCAACAGUCAGUAAAGAGAUAUCAUGACAACCGGGUGGGUCCGCGAUACUUCCAAGUGCAUGAUGAGGUCUUACGCAGAAGGGAUGCCAGUAAGCCUAAUGAAAGGGGUAAGCUGGU